GAUCCAUAUACAUUAUAUGCGAUCUCUCUCUCUCUUCCCCCUUUCUUUUUCUCUCACCCACAUAAUAUCACGGCUUAUCAUCAUCCACAUUUUUCGUGACAGACAUUGCUGAGAGGGAAAGAUGAUAUGGCCAACCAUCUUUCUUGGCCUUACGUUGCAAGUCCUUUUGGUAUUUGGUGCUCGUUAUCCAAAGAAUCUCCACAUAUGGCCAAUGCCUGAAUCAGUAGAAUACGGCAACAAAACUAUUUUUUUAAGCAAGGACUUUCAACUCAAGACCGAUGGAAGCAAAUAUGCAGAUGCAUCUGGGAUCCUGAAGGAUGGAUUCACUAGGUUACUUGAUGUUAUCACAGCAAGCAAUGUUAUUGAAUCCAACUUUUCCAAAGUUGACGAGUCUGUCCUUUUACAGGGAGUCCAUGUGAUUGUCCUUUCGAAAGAUGAUGAGCUGCAAUACGGUGUAGAUGAGUCCUAUGAGCUAUCUAUUCAUCCAAAGGGAAAGCCAAUUUAUGCAAAUAUCAAGGCAGCUACAGUUUAUGGGGCUCUACAUGCGCUGCAGACAUUCAGCCAAUUGUGCCAUUUUAACCUUAAAAGAAGAAAGCUUGAAGUUAGUCAGAUACCAUGGACCAUUACAGAUCGACCCCGUUUUGCAUUUCGAGGGCUCUUAAUCGAUACAUCCCGACAUUAUCAGCCAUUGCCAAUGAUAAAGAAAGUUAUUGAUUCAAUGGCUUAUGCAAAACUGAAUGUUUUGCACUGGCACAUUGUAGAUACACAGUCUUUUCCUUUGGAGAUACCUUCAUAUCCAAAACUGUGGGAUGGUGCUUAUUCCUUAUCAGAACGCUAUACUGUGGCUGUUGCAGCUGAUAUUGUGAAUUAUGCUCAAAGAAGGGGGAUUAAUGUGCUUGCCGAGCUUGAUGUUCCUGGACAUGCUAAAUCAUGGGGGAUGGGCUAUCCUUCGUUAUGGCCAUCAAAGGAUUGUCAGGAGCCACUUGAUAUCAGCAAUGCUUUUACGUUCAAAUUGAUAGACGGGGUUCUUUCAGAUUUCAGUAAGAUCUUUAAAUACAAGUUUGUUCAUUUGGGAGGUGAUGAGGUCGACACCAGUUGCUGGAGCUCCACUCCUCAUAUAAAAGAAUGGUUAAAACAGCAAGGUCUAAACGCAUCUCAAGCAUACGAGUACUUUGUCUUGAAUGCACAGAAGAUAGCUUUGUCUCAUGGUUAUGAAAUUAUAAACUGGGAGGAAACCUUCAACAACUUUGGUAGUAAAUUGGACAAGAAAACAGUGGUCCAUAACUGGCUUGGGAGUGGUGUUGCUGAGCGAGUUGUUGCAGCUGGAUUGAGGUGCAUCGUAAGCAACCAAGAUGCAUGGUAUCUGGAUCACUUGUCUACUACAUGGCAAGAGUUUUAUACGAAUGAGCCCCUUACAAAUAUUACAAACCCCACGCAACAGAAACUAGUUAUUGGUGGUGAAGUAUGCAUGUGGGGCGAACAUAUUGAUGGGUCUGACAUUGAACAGACCAUAUGGCCACGUGCCGCGGCAGCUGCAGAGAGAUUGUGGACGCAUCCUGACAAGCUUGCCAAAACCCCGAAGGAUGUCACCUCAAGGUUAUCGCACUUUAGGUGCUUGCUAAAUCAAAGAGGAGUUGCAGCUGCUCCAUUGGAUGGGCCAGGUCGUGUUGCACCAAUAGAGCCCGGAUCCUGCUAUACUCAGUAGUUGGAUGAUCACCAUUUCUUUCGAGGACUGCAAAUAAAAAUGGUAAGUCCUGCCGAUAAAAUCUGGUAAAUUUGAGUUAUAGACUUUGAAAGAGAGUCAUGUGUUAAACCUAUCAGCUGAUCAUAUGAAUGAAAUUAUAAUCAAUAUUUAUUGUUUUAUGUCGAUUUAUGAUGGAAUUUCUGGUCAUGAAUUGGAGCAAAUGCUACAACUCGCUGCUUAUGGUCUCUCUCUUGUUAUGUAUAUGGUACAUAACAGUUUCUUUCAUUUAUAUGAGAGUAAAUUAAGUUUUUAGUC